AUGAAAAGUCACUAUGGCAGGAAUAAGGUGGUUUCCAUUUGUAGAGAUGAUAAUACUAGAGUGGAGGAACCGCAUGAGGUUAGUAAACUUAUUGUUGAAUUCUAUCAAAAUCUCCUUGGACGGCAGCCUAGUGGUGAGAGUCUGGAUAUGGACUUGCUUCGAAGAACUCUUCCUAAGAGUAUCUCAGCGAGGCAGAAUGAAACGCUUGAUAGAGAUGUGACGUUUGAGGAGAUUAAGGAGAAGAUUCUUGGUGAGAGGAUCAUUCAUGAAUCUAGAUUAAGUAGAUUAGCUAAGGUGGAUGAUAUUGUUGAGGGUGAUAGUUGGAGGUGGCCAUCAGCUCGUUCCCCAGUGUUGUCUAAUCUAAUGCGAGAUACACUUGAUACUUUUCCGCCGAAUAGUACUAGAGAGGAUGUCUUACGAUGGGUGGAUGAUGUGCAUGGAGUCUUCUCUGUUAGGAGUACUUGGGAGUCUAUUCGACUUCGUUGCCCUAGGGUGACUUGGUAUCACAUUGUAUGGUUUCCUAAGUACAUUCCCCGUCAUGCAUUUAUCCUUUGGCUAACAAUUCAGGGUAGCCUUUAUACACAGACAAAGUUGUUUCGCUUUGGUUUGGUACAGUCUAUACGUUGUUUGUUGUGUGGAUGUUCGGAGAAGGACUUGGAUUAUCUUUUUUUUGCUUGCCCAUUUUCUGAGCGUGUUUGGCAUGCUUUGCAUGCAAAAUCUAACCUGUCUUGGGUUCAGCGAAGUUGGAAUAAGGUGGUUUCCAAUUGUAGAGAUGAUGGUACUAGAGUGGAGGAACCGCAUGAGGUUAGUAAAGUUAUUGUUGAAUUCUAUCAAAAUCUCCUUGGACGGCAGCCUAGUGGUGAGAGUCUGGAUAUGGACUUGCUUCGAAGAGCUCUUCCUAAGAGUAUCUCAGCGGGGCAGAAUGAAACCCUUGAUAGAGAUGUGACGUUUGAGGAGAUUAAGGAGAAGAUUCUUGGUGAGAGGAUCAUUCAUGAAUCUAGAUUAAGUAGAUUAGCUAAGGUGGAUGAUAUUGUUGAGGGUAAUAGUUGGAGGUGGCCAUCAGCUCGUUCCGCAGUGUUGUCUGAUCUAAUGCAAGAUACACUUGAUACUUUUCGGCCGGGUAGUACUAGAGAGGAUGUCUUACGAUGGGUGGAUGAUGUGCACGGAGUCUUCUCUGUUAGGAGUGCUUGGGACAAUUCAGGGUGGCCUUUAUACACAGACAAAGCUGUUUCGCUUUGGUUUGGUACAGUCUAUACGUUGUGUGGAUGUUUGGAGGAGGACUUGGAUCAUCUUUUUUUUGCUUGCCCAUUUUCUGAGCGUGUUUGGCAUGCUUUGCAUGCAAAUUCUAACCUGCCUUGGGUUCAGCGAAGUUGGUCAGAUACCCUUUCUUGGAUAGAGCAGUUUCGUGGGAGUGACAAACCCGGGCACCACGAUUUCCUCGUUUUGAAGAAACUUGUACUCCCCGAUGGUUCCACACUGAGGGCAAAACUUCCCGGGAGACCAACUGGAGAUUGUUUGUUUUCUGAUCCUACUAGAGAUGGAAAAAGGCGUAGUGUCCUGCACCAUCCANNNNCAGGCGUAGUGUCCUGCACCAUCCAAGCUAAGGAUGUUCAUUAUUUGACCAACAUUGCUGAGCAUGGAUGGACUGGAGAUACUAUUGUGUAUUCGCAUAGAGGUGGGAAUGUGCUUUAUCUUCCAAAGAACAAAUCCCUACUGAUUCAACUUCAAGCUCGAGAAUAUGAAGUCCUCACAGUUGUUCCAAUCAAAAGGUUAUCUAAUGUGGCUGCUUUUGCUCCAAUAGGUCUCCUCAAGAUGUACAGUUAUGGCGAAGCAAUUACAGAACUAAACUAUGGAUCCCCGGAAACUGGAAUUAUUAACAUUAAGGUUCGCGGUUGUGGCGUGUUUGGGGCCUAUUCAUCAGUCAGAUCUGAAAGAAUAUUGAUUGAUAUGAAAGAAGAGAAGUUUGAUUAUGAAGAAAAGUCUGGUUUGAUCAACCUGAAUUUAAAGGUUCCAGAGAAAGAAUUGUACCAAUGGAACUUGACAGUUGGGCUUUGA